AUGACACGUCAUAAUUUGAUGGAUAACAAACACAUACAGUUAUUGUUUUCAAAUGAAAUUAAUUACACUGACGAAGCAGUGUCUGUUCCAAAGAAAUCGACAGAUGUUCAAUAUAAAACUAAUUGGGUUAUUAUAAUGGCACUGAACGAUGGUUAUUUGGAUUUCUUUCUGAAUUGGUUUUCUUCGUACAAACAAAGCAAUGUUUUAGUUCCAAUAGUGCUGGUCGCUGAGGACAAAGCCGUUUAUGACAAGAUUAAAAAUUUUCAAUUCAGUAUGAUCACUGUAAAAGAAAGCAAUAAUAGUGAAAUAAAUAGUACUGUUGUAUUUCAGAGUAGAGCAUUUAUGGACCUGACGUUAAGGCGUCACACGUAUGUUUUAAAUCAUCUUCUUACGGGAAGAGAUGUUAUAUUUUCUGACACCGAUACUGUAUGGUUGAAAAAUCCAGUACCAUAUUUUACAGGAGAUUAUGACAUUUGGAUGCAGUAUGAUACACCGGAAAUACUGUGCCCGGGAACAAUGGCGGUCAAAAGUAACAAUGAGACGAUCGAUUUCUUUAGAAAAUUAACUAGAGGGUUAGAAACUUAUGCCUAUUCUGACCAACCAUUUUUGAACGAUAGACUCAAGAAAUCAAACCUACGCAUUAGAGGACUAGAUAAAAAUUUGUUUCCUUCAGGAAAGCUGUAUUUCCAAUUCCUCACAAAAAAGCAGAAAGCGGAAGUUGUUGUUGUACAUAACAACUGGAUUAAAGGUCAUGACCGAAAAGUAGACCGAUUUAAAAGAUUUAAUCUAUGGUUUAAUGACAGGACGAUUAAAAAGAUAAGAAGAAAGACAUAG